AUGUCGAGACGGCUAUACAAAUCGACUCUUCGCAAGGCUCUCCUUGUCAUCCUAGCAACAUGGUGCUUCAUUGAUAUCGUGCGCUUCCACUUCUUACGAUUUUCCGUGCCUCCUGUGCCGAACACAACCGAAGUUCACACGCCUCGGAUAUUCAUCGCCAGCACGCAUUGGAACAACGAAGGGAUUCUCAGAAAUCACUGGAACAAGGCAGUUCUACAGCUCGUUGAAAACCUCGGUCCGAAUAAUACCUUUGUGUCUGUCUACGAGAGCGGCAGCUGGGACAACUCGAAAGAUGCGUUGCGCGAACUAGAGCAGGAGCUGGACCAUAGAGGUGUAGGCAAGAAGAUCGUCCUUGACGAAACAACACAUGAGGACGAGAUCGCAAAGCCACCUGGCGAAACAGGCUGGAUAAACACCCCACGGGGCAAGCAAGAGCUCAGACGUAUCCCUUACCUUUCGAGACUGCGCAAUCUGUCCCUGGCACCACUAGAAGAGCUAGCAGAGCAAGACAUUUUCUUCGAUAAGAUCCUCUUCCUAAAUGAUGUGGUAUUCUCGCUCAGCGAUGUACUUACGUUGCUAAACACAAACAACGGCCAGUACGCCGCGGCGUGCUCUCUCGACUUCUCCAGACCACCCCACUACUACGACACCUUUGCCCUGCGCGACUCUGAAGGUCACGAAGCAGUCAUGUCUACCUGGCCGUACUUCCGCUCCUCCCUCUCACGCACAGCUCUCAAGCAGGGCAAUGCCGUCCCAGUCACGAGCUGCUGGAACGAUAGUCUAGCUCUCUACCAUCUAGAGGGUUCUGAAUGCUGCUUGAUCCACCAGGAUAACCACUUGUCAGAGUCGUUAGGUGUUUUCGUCAACCCCUAUGUUCGUGUAGGAUACAACAAAGCGGCUUACGAUGCGAUGAAUGGUUCAGCUGGAGAACUGAGUCUGUUUCGCUACCUGUUUCGGUGUUGGGAGAACAGGCUUCGACGAUGGUUUACGACCGAUUGGUUCAAGAUCCGAGUUGUUCGGAAUCGUGUGAAGAAAUGGCAAGGUCUCAGUAGCAGUAAUUCCGAGGUCGGGGUUCGCUGUCUCAUCAAUGAGAUGCAGGUGCUCGCUGGAAAUGGGUGGGCGCAUGUGUAG